AGUGGAGUCGAGCUGUCAGUGUGGCGGCUACAUAUCUGCUGCGUGCUGUGUCUGUAAGCUUCCAUGCCGAACGAGGGCGGCGUACAUAGCAGACAGGAAUGGCUGAACAGUGCAAACGGAACGAACCAAAGGUUUAUCACGGGUAUAAAUAAAGCUUGGACGUUCACCGGCAAUUAGUGGCCCGCUAUCAUAUUUAUCGGCUGGGGUCUGACCACAUCACUGUGACUUCACUGAUCUCAUUGUCCCACUUUUGGAGGAAAAUUGUUCAUUACAACCACCUUUAAUACAAAGCAAUCAUGAGCGCCCACGACUCAGAUGUACACACCAUCUCUCCGGAGCUGCCCGCAAUGUUUGAUGGCAUGAAGUUGGCAGCCGUGGCGACUGUGCUAUACGUCAUUGUACGUUGCCUAAACCUCAAGAGCCCCACCGCGCCCCCUGACCUCACCUAUCAGGACACGCCCCUCAACCACUUUCUAUUGAAGUCCUGCUCUCAGCUGACCAAAGAGUACAUUCCUCCCUUACUAUGGGGCAAGAGCGGUCACCUCCAAACAGCCUUGUAUGGAAAACUGGGUCGAGUGAGCGCACCUCAUCCCAGUGGGAUCAGGAAGUACUUACCUAUGCAGGAUGGGGCAACCGCGACCUUUGACCUCUUUGAGCCAGUGGGGGACCAUCGAACAGGAGAUGACAUCACCAUGGUGAUAUGCCCUGGUAUUGGUAACCACAGUGAGAAGCAUUAUAUCCGAACCUUUGUGGAUUACGCCCAGAAGGACGGCUAUCGUUGCGCUGUCCUUAACCACCUCGGAGCUCUACCCAACAUUGAGCUUACCUCGCCACGCAUGUUUACUUAUGGGUGCACAUGGGAGUUUGCCGCCAUGGUCGGCUACAUUAAGCGGGCUUAUCCUCAGACCCAGCUCAUAGUGGUGGGUUUCAGUCUGGGGGGAAACAUUGUUUGUAAGUUCCUGGGUGAGAACAUGUCAAACCAAGAGAGAGUCCUGUGCUGUGUCAGCGUCUGUCAAGGUUACAGUGCUUUCAGUGCUCAGGAAACAUUCCUGCAGUGGGAUCAGUGCCGGCGCUUCUAUAACUUUCUCAUGGCUGAUAACAUGAAGAAAAUAAUCCUCUCGCACAGGCACAGUCUAUUUGGAGGAAACUCCGCGAAAAUAAUGGAUGCAGAUCUUAGUCGGCUAUACACAGCAACAUCCCUCAUGCAGAUUGACGACAACAUCAUGAGAAAAUUCCAUGGUCACAGCUCCCUCAAAGAGUAUUAUGAGAAGGAAAGCUGUGUCCAUUAUAUUCACAAUGUAAACGUACCGCUGCUGCUUGUAAACUCUGCAGAUGACCCUCUGGUUCAUGACUCUCUGCUCAAGAUCCCCCGCACACUAGCAGAGAAAAAGCCAAACGUGAUCUUUGCCUUGACGCUGCACGGCGGACACCUGGGCUUCUUCAAGGGUGCCGUGCUCUUCCCCAAGCCCCUCACCUGGAUGGACAAAGUUAUCGUGGGCUACGCCAAUGCCAUAUGCCAGUGGGAGAAGCAGAAACCGCCGUGCCAAAGUGACCCCCUGAGUGAGACUUCCUGCACACAGGAAAAAGCCUGAAACCGUUUUUUGUCGCUCACUCUCUCCCCCGUCACCCCAAAACACACAAGACACCCAGCACUGAGGAGACAUCUGGAAGUGCUCGCCACCUCUCUUCUGCCUUCUUCUUUGGUGCUGCUCACUGCUGCAGACCUUGUCUCCAUGUCUUCAGCACAGCCUUUGUCUCUUCUCUGUUAGGAAGACCACAGAGUAGAGUUCAGACAGUUUCUUGACGAAUGAAGGCAAUAUGAUAACAGGUGGAGAUGACCUUGUCGCUUGACCACAAAAGUGAGCACAAACACAAAGUGAGUAAUAAACACAUUGUUCCCUUUACUGCUCAUUGAUCAUCACCAAAAUAUUAGGUCUUGAGUGCAGUCUGAACCAAACCUUGUUGGUUAAUUCCAAAUAUGGUGGCCAUGUCUGAGUUAAAAGACCUGGGACAGAGACAUGUUUGGUACGCCUUCUCCAUGUUCUCUGAUCUGCCAUAGAAUAUAGAAAUUGUACUGUACAAACUAAAUACAGUUGACCCAGUUCAUGUCGACAACCCGUCUAAGUCAACUCAUCACGUUCUGCUCCACAGAGUUCUUAUUCUAAAAAAGGGCUUUUGUCGACAUGACAUUCAAAACCCAUAAGUGGUAUUUUCUAUGAACAAUCAGUCUGUUAUUAGCAGCGCUGUCAAACUCAAUUUACAUUGGGGCCUCUGGAGGUAAAGUCUGGGUGAGGCCGGGCCGCACAAAGUUGUCACUCCAGAAUCACGUUUUAACCACCUGACUAAAUUUGUUAAGCUUGCUUAACGCAAGUUGCUCUUUGUAUUGCACCGUUAUUGUAGUUUGUGUCUACUGGGAUUCAAAUUGCCAUAAUAUAUUUAACAAGUAGCCACCCAGAGUGCACGGGCUGCAAUUACAUUGAACUAUGAAGUCGAGGGCUACAAAAUAUAGACCUUCGGAAAGCAAAAGGACCCCUGGUUCAUGGUGUAAUAUUGUUAGCUUUGUCAAUAGCGCUUGCGCGAUUUAUCCAAAAUCAGGUUAGACACCGCAACCGGAAAGAAACUGCCACUUACACUCAAAGCUUAGGCAUCGGACUAAAGCGCCUUGCUUUUUUCGCGGUAUACUUCCUCACUGUUCUUUCAUCUGCUUUUUUUUUUUUUUUCCCAAAAUGCACACUUUGGCACACAAAGUAAAAUAAAUGUCAAAAACUAAAUUAUUUUCUACCCACCCUCUUUACGUCUCCGGUGAAAGUCACAAAUAAAUGUGCGAACAAUCAAUAGCCAAUUUCGGUUACGUCGAUAACCGUUUAUAUCAAACCAAUCCAAUAGGGGCUGCUGUCCUAGGGAUGUAACGAUAAAUUGCAUUAAGGACAAAAAAAACUAUUGACAGUUAGCAUUGCUGUUAUAAACUAAAAUGAUUGAAUAACCGUGGUUGAUAACUGCACUUUGAUAAACUCACGGACUGACUGGCGACAGCCUGCUAGCUUAAAUGCUAACAUAAAAGCAAGAGACAUUAACGCCUUUCCCCAUUAAGAAACGACAUACCUCAAUCUAAACUUACAUAAACACAUUGCUGUCUGAGUGACAACGCUAUUCAAUUGUGCAAAUUGAGCCUACAAGCUGUCUUUUUUUAUUUUUUUAUUUUUUUUUUUUUUUAGAACAGAGUGAUCGAUAUAUGCUCAGAGGAAUAUGACACACAGGUGUGUUCAAGGACUGCUGAACAGAGUAGGACACCACAACGCCCGCCCGAAACUCAAGACAUGCAAAAUAAUGGGCUUUUAAACAGUGCGUUUAUUUAUUUUAGUUAUGUGGGAAAAAAUCUAAAGAUUUCAGUAAGUAUAAAAGAACUUUUUGAACUAAUCCGACAUGCUGAGAUAGUAAUAACCCCAAUAAUUCUGGUCACAAUAACCGUGAUAUGAAGUUUCCGUAUCGUUACAUCCCUACACUACGUGUAGAUUCAGCUUGGCAUGACUGUACGGUUGAAGAAGAAAGAAGAAUUGGGAGGGCACUUGUUCCAUCCAUGCACAUUCCCAAAGUCACAUUCUAUCACUCUGUUGCAGCGCACUUUAAACCCUCCUGACUAGCCCCCCCCCCUCACCCAAUCAGCUGAUCUUCAUGUUUUUGCUUUCCCUGCAAGUGAGAGGACAAGAUUGGAUGUAUGUUAAGGUACCUCUAAUGCUCCCCGUGUUGUCUCUUGUCGGUUUCAUGCCACCCUCUUUCUCUUCUGGUUUCCUGUGACCAGCUGCAGCAUCAGUUGCGACAUAAUCCUACUGCCAGUGCUCAGAGGCCAGCGCUCAGUCACCUCAAUGUUAACAUUAUUGCCAUCAAAAUCCACAAAGUUUGCAUCAAAGAAGAUUCACCGAUAAUUCAUAAGUUGUUGAGUCCCCCUAUUUAUGUCUCUAAUGGGUGUGUCACAACAGGGCUGUUGGUGGUGUCUGGUAUAGGUUGUAAACAACUGAUCUGCGUAAAAGAAAGCAAAAUAAGUGGCCACUCUUCCCGUUUAAUGAGACAAUUAGGUGAUAGAUAGAUAGUACUUUAUUGAUUCCUUCAGGAGAGUUCCCUCAGGAAAUUUAAAAUUCCAGCAGCAGUGUACAGAAUUGAGAUCAAAUUAAAAAAGUAAAUUAUGGGGGUAUAAAUGGAAACAAAAUAGAAAAAUAUUACAAUAAGAAUAAAAAGCAACAAUGAGAAUAAAAAUAUAACAGUAAAAUAAGAAUAUAACAAGAGAAACUAGGCAGUGUUAUUGUUUUGCAUCACCCGUCAUCCUAGUACCUCCCCGCUCCCUCCCCAGAGAAGAGUUGUACAGUCUAAUAGCGUGUGGGACAAAGGAGUUUUUGAGUCUAUUAGUCCUGCACUUGGGAUGAAGCAGUCUAGCACUGAACAGGCUCCUCUGGCUACUGAUAUCAUUAUGCAGAGGGUGACUGGCAUCAUCCAGGAUGCUCACCAGUGUUUCCUCAGUUGAUGGCACAAUUAAGGAGUGCAUGUUGUCUACAAUUGAAAGACCAAUCAAGUAACCUUUAUGCAAACCAGGGCCGGCCCGUGGCAUAAACACUGUAAGCGGUUGCACACCGGUUAGUUGUAAAGAUUAAAAAAAACAAAUUGUCAUUUGAUUCUGUCAGUUAUAAAGAUGUCAUAAAAAAUCAAAUACAAUAAAUUUUGCUGUAGCAUUAAAAUUAUAAAUUUGUUCGAAUUAAAUUAGUAAUGUAUAACACAACCCCUACACCCACUUGUGAAAAUUCGAAAUGGUUCAUUCCUUCUGGUAGAUGCAAACCUAGCAUGAAACACAGACGUCAUAAUACCAUCAAAUCUCACACUUACCUGUAUGCAUUCACACAAUGUACUGAAAACAUUUGUGAACCAGAGUGAGGUCAUUUAAAAAAAAAGGAAAGAAUAAAUUUGUGGCAGCAUCGGACUGAGUUAUGUUUAGGUUUGAUUAUUGCAUUUAAGUAGCACAUAACUGUGGUGCGUUCAAGGGACCUUGAUUAAAGUGUGCCAGCAGUUUUUUGAAAAUAGGGUAGGCUUAACCCCCAGUAGAUGCACUGAUAAUUAUAAGAGGUGGGAAUCUUUGGCCACUUCAUGAUUCGAUUCCGAUUCUUCAGGGCACAAUUUGAUUUGGAAUCAAUUCCCAAUUCAACACGGUUCUUGUAAUAUAUAUAAAUUAGAAUAAAACUAAAAAAUGUAUUUUCAAAAAUUUCCAAAGCAGUGCAUAUAUAUGCAAGUACUGUAUACUUUUUAAAUACAAUAAAAAAAGGGAAGCCAACAAUUAAUUAAAAGCAACAGUAUUAAUUAUAAUAAUAUCAGUAAUAGUUUUUUUUUGUUUUUGAUCCAGAAAAUUAUUCUUCAAAAAAAAUUGUACGUUUUGUAUGAUUUUUUUUUUUUUAAAUCUGUUCUCAAAAAUUAUGAAUUAAAUGGAAUAAAUAGAACUUGUUGAUAAAUAAUUAUUAGCCUCUUAUGAGUCAGACAACAUUUUAUUAAAGUUUUUUCCAUGCAAGAUCUUGGAGACAUUAUCUUCCGCGUGCAAAAACCCUAUUACAUUUUUUUUUUUUUUUUUUACAUUUGUUUUAACCAAAUUAAGUAAAUAAUUCAUUCUUCAGAUUAUAUGCACAUACUGAGUGUAUGUGAGGCUUAGGGUGUCUUUAGUAGGUUUUUAAUAAUACAUGUUUUUGUAAAAGACCAAAAUGGGACCAUACAUAGCCCUGAUACAAAAAACAUAGGAUGACAGUUUUUCCACGCCCAGAGUCAGUCGUAUAUGUCUCUAAAAGAAGGGAAUUUACUUUUGUCGACAAAACUGUCCGACCUCUGGAUAGGGAAGACGUGAGAUCUCUGUCGAACUAGAAAGGUCCUCUUAACAAACGUGUUGUUUGCUUACCACCGUGUCUUGACUUCUCGCCCAACCCAAACAUUGUCUCCUUCCACUGAGUUUUUUUCCCCACUAUGGAAAAACAACCCUAUUGUGACACACCCAUCAGGGACAUAAGUAGGGAGACUCCACACCCUUAAAAUGUAGAACUGAUGACACCUUUUCUAAUGAGAGGACACAGUUUUUUUUAAUCAAAGCUCUAAAAUGCAGCCUUGCAUUGGAAAGCACAUAUUCUUAUAUUUCAUAUUCAAUGAUGUCAGCUGUGAGGUAUGUGAGUUGGAGGGACAGGUUACUUAACGCUUAACCAAAUGUUUUUGUGUGUGUGUGCGCAUUGUUUGAACAAUACUGCUGAUUGCUGUGUUAUGUUGUUAGCCAGUGAUUGAUGUAAGGGAAGGGAUUUUUAUUUUUAUUAAUUUUUUAUUUUUUUUGCCUUUGUGACUGUGAGUCUCAACUUUUGGAUAAAAGUGAUAAAAGGUAUCAAUAUAGUUAUAGUUUAUUUUCUCGUGAACACUGUGAUGGGAUGGAUGCUUUGAGAUGAUGUAAUGCAAGCAAGGAAAGUACUGUGCAUAUUUACACGUGUUGUGCACAACCUGCCCUGCGACCCCAAAGGGGACAAGCGGUAAAAAAAAAUGGAUGGUGUACAACCUGCUUACAAUGACAUGUGGAGAGGAGCACAGCAACAUUAAAUACAUGUUUUUUUUUCUUUUAAAAUGUAAUUUAUUCCAUCGCCGUUCCAUCGCCGGUUAGAUUAUAGUUUUAUUUUUUUCUUUUACAGUCAAGAUAGAACCUUGACUUUUCAUCUGUCUGAGAUGAUAUCAAGUAUGUUGUGGUACAAACGUCAGUGUAAUAAAUAUCUUGAGGGCACAACCGUACUAAUAUUUGAAAGAAAGUUUGGUUCUGUUCUCAAAAGAAAACAUUUGUCUUCUAGUGAUAAUGAAAAGCACUUACAACACAAAAAAGGAUUCCAUUUCUCCUGGUUUUCUGUCUGUUUUACCUUCUAAUCCUGACUCAGUAGAAAGAUGGCAUUUUUCUGGAUCUUUACGCUACAUCCUAGCAGUGGUUUUCCAUAGUUUUUUGUAUUUAUUUUUCUUUCAUUCAAGCAUUGUGCUUAAUUUCCUUAUAACAACUGAUUACAUGCUGUAUUUACAGUAGUUGUGUUUCUAGUCAUCAUGUAAUGACUGCUGCCAUCUAGUGGCAAAAAAAAACAACUCUGUGACUCUAUAUAAGAUUCCAAUUCAUCCCAAAAACUUUUAUUUUCCCAAGAAUCCUUUUCCUUUGCACUUCAUGCACAAAAACAUCUGUGAUUGUUUUGCCUCUUUGCCAAUGUUUUUUUUUUUUUUUUUUGUAAUUCUUGUAAAUGUGUUUGUGCACACAAUCUGCCAUAUCAUCAUUCUGAGUCAAAAACAAAAAUAGAUUGACUUAGUAUUUUUAAAUAAUAUUUAAGAGCCCAGGAAUGAUCAGAAGUAUACGAGUAUGAUUGUCAUGUAAAUGUCUCAUUACUUGACUUUGUGCUAGGGGAUCUGAAAUGUUGUGUAUUGUGUUGAUAAAAGAAAGUGUAAUUUCUCUGUACCCAGUGCUGUCAGAAUGAUGUUUUUGUACUGCACAAUUCAAUGUCUAUCACUAGAAAUACCUCUGAAAUUGGGAUGAGUCAUGUUCUGUAAGCCCUCUGUAACAAUAAUCCACUGAAAAAUAUAUAUAUUUAUUUUUUGGACCAUGAAGAGAUGUAAAGACGACAAAAAAGAGGUGCACAUACUAAGUUCUCGUUCUGAACACUGGGUAUUUUUGUUUUUGUUUCCAAAAGUUAUUAUAUAAGGAACUAUGGUUAUUAUAUUCUAGAAAUAAAUUUUGUUCAGAGGAAAAACAA